CCGUCUCUCCUGGGAUGCCUGGCUCCCAGGCAGCCUGCAAAAACCCUUUUCUUUUUCCAAUGCAGACGAGACAACCUCGGCGAGCCAAAAGCAGAGUCAGCGGCCCCACCCACUCGCCUCCAACGGACCCGGGUUGCCUUCCCGGUUCCCAGCAGCCCCCGCGGAGACGCCGCCCGCACGGGGCAUGCUGGGAGUCGAGGUACCCGGCGCUUCUUGACUGUCUUCCGUUCGGAAUUCCACUUGGAACGCUGUGAGGUAGCAUCGUAGUCGGCGCUACAGCCCCGCAUUCGCAGCUCCAGGGCGCCAAGAACGACGCCCCUCGCCCGGCGCCGCGCACCGCGUCUCCCACAAACAGCCCUACUCCGCCCCCAGCACGCUCUACAGAGAUUGACAGCAGCGCGGCGCAGGGAGCUGCGGCCAAGUCGGAGGUGCGCAGGCGCACUAGCUCAGCGCCGAGCCCAGUUAAGCCCGGAGGGCGGGGCCAACACGAGGGCUCUGGGCCGCGGGGGCGCGCACGUAGAUACGUAAGGCCGUCACGUGGGGAGCGGAGGAUCGCAGUGCGCGUGGCCGCGGCGACUGGUGUGGGGUUGAGUCAGUUGUGACACCCGGAGCUGCUGACCCGACAGGCGGCCCUCGGGACCCGCGGCCCGGCAGCAGGCGCGGAGCUUCGGGAAUCGUGAGCCUGGCCCCGACCUAGAGCUCCGCGGAGCCGGCGCCGCCACCGUCCCCCGCCCCCGCCAGCGAACCGCCGCCGCGGGCGCGCCCCCGCUCUGCGCUGUCUCCUAUGGCGUCCGCCUCCGGGGCCAUGGCGAAGCACGAGCAGAUCCUGGUCCUCGACCCUCCUUCAGACCUCAAAUUCAAAGGCCCCUUCACAGAUGUAGUCACUACAAAUCUUAAAUUGCAGAAUCCAUCGGACAGAAAAGUGUGUUUCAAAGUGAAGACCACAGCGCCCCGCCGGUACUGCGUGCGGCCCAACAGUGGGGUUAUUGACCCAGGGUCAAUCGUGACUGUCUCAGUAAUGCUGCAGCCCUUUGACUAUGAUCCGAACGAAAAGAGUAAACAUAAGUUCAUGGUACAGACAAUUUUUGCUCCACCAAACAUUUCAGAUAUGGAAGCUGUGUGGAAAGAGGCAAAACCUGACGAACUAAUGGAUUCUAAACUGAGAUGUGUAUUUGAGAUGCCGAAUGAAAACGAUAAGCUGAACGACAUGGAACCUAGCAAAGCUGUCCCACUGAAUGCAUCCAAGCAAGAUGGACCCCUGCCAAAACCACAUAGUGUUUCACUCAAUGACACGGAGACAAGGAAACUGAUGGAAGAGUGCAAGCGACUUCAGGGAGAAAUGAUGAAGCUCUCAGAAGAAAACCGACACCUGAGAGAUGAAGGCCUACGGCUCAGAAAGGUAGCACAUUCGGAUAAACCUGGAUCCACCUCAGCCGUGUCCUUCAGAGAUAAUGUCACCAGUCCUCUUCCUUCUCUUCUGGUUGUAAUUGCAGCCAUUUUCAUUGGAUUCUUUCUAGGGAAAUUCAUCUUGUAGAGUGAAGCAUGCAGAGUGCUGUUUCUUUUUUCUUUUCUCUCGACCAGAAAAAGAUUUGUUUACCUACCACUUCAUUGGUAGUAUGGCCCGCGGUGACCAUGGCCCGCGGUGACCAUUUUUUUUUGUGUGUACAGCGUCAUAUAGGCUUUGCCUUUAAUGAUCUCUUACGGUUAGAAAACACAAUAAAAACAAACUGUUCGGCUACUGGACAAAUUGUAUAUUACCAGAUCAUCACUAGCAGAUGCCAGUCGCACACCCAGUCCUUUAUGAAAUUCAUAAUAAAGAAUUGUUCUUUCUUUGUGGUUUUAAUAAGAGUUCAAGAAUUGUUCAGUCUUGUAAAUGUUAUUUUAAUAAUCCCUUUAAAUUUUAUCUGUUGCUGUUACCUCUUGAAAUAUGAUUUAUUUAGAUUGCUAAUCCCACUCAUUCAGGAAAUGCCAAGAGGUUUUCUGUGGGGGAAAUGGUGCCUCUUACUGUGUAAAUUUUCUCCUUUACCUUUGCUAAUAUCAUGGCAGAAUUUUCUUAUCCCUUGUGAGGCAGUUUGUUGACUGAGUUUUUCAUCCUUACAAUCCUGUCCCAUGGUAUUUAACAUAAAAAAUAAAACUGUUAACAGAUUCUUGCUCGACA